GCCGGGUGCGGCGGAGCAGUGCAUCCCUCUCGCCCGCAGCCACAGCGGCAGGAGCAGCAGCAGCAUCGCGGCGGGACGGCAUCAGAUGGGCAUGGGGACGGCGCUGGCGGCGCGGCUCGGCCUGGGGCUCCUGCUCCUCGCCCUCCUCCUUCCCACGCAGAUCUACUGUAGUGGAACAAGUAAUGGAACAAGUCCAACACCUUCAAACAACUCUUCAGCAAGUUCCACUUCUCUGUCAUCUGUCACAAAUUCAGUGAACAAUACCACCACUCACGGACAUGGGAGUUCUCUUCACUCAACCACAAGCCUUUUUUUCAUUCUCUCCGUUUCUCUUCUGUAUUUUUGCUGUUAAGAGACUCUGGCAUGGAAAUGGCUACCACUCCCCACCCCGUUUCCUGAACCACCUGAGAUGGCUCGAUCUCCAAUCCAGCAUGAGAAGAAAUCAACCCAAACUCCUCACAAAACCAGCUUGGUUCCACUCCAUACUCAAAUUAGCACCAGUUUGACCCAGAGAAGCACUCAAUAAUCUGACUUUCAAAGCAGGCCAGUGUGAAAAGACCAGCUUCAGCAAGGAGGUAAAAUUUUGAGCUCUUUCACCAAAUGAGUUGGAAUCUGAAAAACAAGAUGGAAGCAAAAAGAGACUGUACUGACAAACCCAAUUUAAAGCUGAGAAGAAACACAGUAUCUUACAAUAAGGAUGGAUAAUAACACUCCAUGAAGAGAAAAUGCUAGAGAGUUUUUUCUACCAUUUAGAAUAAGGUCUUCAAGCGGUUUUAUUUUUUAAGUUAAACAACAUCAACGGGCUCAGAGAACCCCUAGAAAACACAGAAAAGCUCUAAUAGUUCUGUUUCUUACACAGCCUAUAUAGUUAUAACUUAUGGGUAUCAGGAUGUAUGAAAAAGAAACAACAUCAGUGAAAAGGGUUUCUUCUAGAUUUCAUUUGUAUGAAAUUGUUACAAGGCUAAAAGAGAAUAACAAUUUUUUUGUAAGAAGCCUCUUAUUUAACUCCUGAUUCCUAACCAAAUGGUUAGCCUGGCAGGGCUAGUUUUGAAAUAGCUAAAACCCCACCAGUUUUUGUAAGAGUGGAAUUAUUUAUGGUGGGAAUUUGAAUUUGACAUUUUAUUUAAAUUGUUUGUAUAUUAAACCAUAUGUGCCAGCGAAAGGAGGUGUGGAAACAUUAGAAAAAGUACCAGGAGCUUUUUGUAAAUGAAAUUCAGAAAAGAACAAACAAACGAAGUCAAUGGAUGUAUGUCUCCUCUUUCCUUUAUUUCUCCUCCCAAGUUCUACAAGUUGUGUAGGGUUUUUUUGCUCCUGGAAGUUUCUUUAAUUAUGAAGGAUUUAUGAAAUCUUAUGAGUAAUGUUAUAGUACUGCUUUUUUUUCCUUUUUUUUUUUUCCCUUUUUUUUUUUUUUGGCACAAGGUGAAUAGCUUACUGUUUUUUGAAGAGUUUUAAUUGUGAUAGUCGACUUUAAACCUGGGCUAAUAUUUGUGGUGGGGAGAAGGAAUGGGGAGAGGAGAGUAAACCACCAAAAAAAAAAAAAAAAAAAAA